CGCACUACAAUCUAUCACAGAGGCGCGUGCCUGCGAGAACGUAAUUACGCGCGCCACCCGUCUCUAAAUUUGUUAUUUUUGCAUUUCUUCAUUACCGAGCUUCGAGUUCUCUUUAUUUUGUGGAGCGGAGUGACGUCAGAGAGGCUGCUCGUGGAUGCACAAGAUCGACGGUUUCGAGUUUUCCGGCUCUUUACACAGUCGAACAGACAGAGGCGAAGACAAAAACGCGACGGAUCAGAACCAGAACCCUGCAGGUUUUAUUCAAGAAAUGCGGGUGCAUGAGGUUCUUUAGACUGAAACCCUCCUGAAACCCUUGUGAUCUCGUAACCCCGUAAUCAUGAGGUCAUCAAGGUGAUCAUGAGGUUUUCUAAUGGACGUCUGAUUGCAGUAUGUCAGCCAGCACAAAGUUGCCACUAUGCUGCCCUACUUGUGGUGAGGUGUGCCCAUCACGAGGCCACACCUGCCCGAAAUUCGGUCUGACUCCACGUCGGAGUUCUGAGGGUGGGCUGACGUUCCUGCACAGCCAGCGAGAAGGAGCCGCAGCAGGAAAGACGCUGGAGCUUCUAGAUGCCCUCAGUUUGGCAACCUCUGCGACCCGUCCGCUCCAAAAGAUCUUCAUCCAGAGAGACACUCCGUCUGUCCUGACGACAUCUCUCUCCCCGAUGCUGUCCAUCGCGGUCACCUCCGGAGAGGCAGAAGGGGACAUGGACAGCGCCGUGACCCGGCUGGGCGUGCCGUGGUUAGGUCGGCUGGCGCUGGAGGCCCGGCUUCAGCGGCUGGCACUGGAGGUGCAGGAGCAGGUGUCCCUCAGACUGGAGGCACUGCAGGAGGAGGUGAAGAGGAGGAGCGUGGAGGUAAGGAGAGCGAGGAGAGACAGCGAGAAGAUGGACAGAGAAAGGCGCGAAGCAGAAGAGAGAGCGGCACAACUCGAGCGUCAGGUGGACAUCUCUGUAGAGAUGCUGGCUAGCCUCAGAUAUGAGCUGAGAGAAAGAGAAGAACAGCUUCAGCGCAAACAACUGGAAGUGUGUGAAAUGGACCGGUUUGUCCGGGACACGGCGCUCCGCGAGGCGAGCGCAAAGAUUCGUCUGCAGCGUUUCAUUGAAGACCUUUUGGAGAGAGCAGAGAGCGCUGAGAUUCAGCUGGAGAACAUCCAUCUACACCAUGAUGUCACUUCCUCUUACAGACACCUGGUAGGAAGCAGAGCCUCGGGGUACCUGAGGAGUAACAGUGUGUCUGGUCGAGUUUCUCAACUGUGUGAUCACAGAUCAUCUCCAUGCUGCAGGUGUGAGAUCAGGAGACCACGUACGCUGUCUGUAGGAUCAGGAGGUUGUGACGGUCACUGGAGGGGUGAGCCGUGUGAAAACAUGUUGUGUCUGGGGGUUGAAGGUUUGGAUUCACCUUGGCUGAUCCAGCACACAGAUUCAGAUGACGGCUCUCUCUACACAACACAAUCACAUGAGGACACUGAGUACAGGGCAUACAGCAGAACAGGUGGAGGUGUGUUGAGAAAGAAGAGAUCCAGUCAAUCACUUGUGUGUUCUGAGCGUCUGAGAUUAAAAGCCGGAUUGUUUUGUGUGUUUAUGUAUCUGGACACAAACUCUCUUCUCACUGCUGCACAGGUGUGUAAGGACUGGUGUAGUGUUGCUCGACACCCUGCUGUCUGGACCAGAGUAACACUAGAGAAUGCACGAGUUUCAUCAAAGUUUUUGUUAACCCUGUCUCAGUGGUGCUGUCAAACACAGUCUCUUUUUCUUCACAACCUCAAACCUCGCUCUCGCAACAAGAAAGAAAGCAAAGAUGAAUAUUUAAAGGCCACAAGAGGCUGUCUGGAGGUGGGACUGGAGGCGGUGCUUAAGUCAGCAGGGCGGAGUCUCGUCACUCUGAGCAUCUCCCAUUGUCCUAACAUUUUGACGGACAGGUCUCUGUGGCUCAUCAGCUGUCACUGUAGAUCACUGCAGUCCCUCACGUACAGAAGUGCAUCAGAUCCGGUGGGUCAGGAGGUGAUUUGGGCUCUGGGUGCGGGUUGUAGAGACAUCACCACACUGCGGAUCGCACCGCUGCAACCGUGUUUGCAGCCCAAUCGGUUUAGUAAUCGUUGCUUGCAGACGAUUGGUCGAUGCUGGCCAAACCUGUGUAGGGUGAGUGUGGGCGGAGCUGGAUGUGGUAUCCAGGGAUUGACCUCUUUGGUGAGAAACUGUGUGAAUCUUUGUGAGCUGGAAUUGAAUCAUAUGAAUGAAGUAAACCAGGAGGGGGCAGCAGAGAUCUGCAAAGAUGGACUACAACAACUUCACACCCUGACCUUCAUCUCAACACCCAUCACUGCUAAAGCAAUACUGCACUUUAAAAGUGUUUGUGUAAAUCUGAAGAGGAUUGUGGUACGGUUGAGUAUAGCAGAUUAUUUUGAGGAUGUAGAUAAUGAAGAAGCUCAGAGGCUGUUUGAAGAAAUCAUCGGUAACUUGCAGUGUUUGAGAAAGAGAGCAGCCCUGUCUGACGUCCUGCACAUCAAGGUGGACAAACCCUGAUAAUGACAUCUGAUCUGUCUGUGUUAGUUCACCACAGUGACAAUCUAAUGCACACAUAAACACACAUAGAUGCACAGAAACAAUAGAUGCACUUUUUUAAUAUUAAGUGUUUUGUGAUAGUGAACAGAUGCACAAUUAUAGCACAUUAUCUUCCUCAGGUCCUUUGUUUAUAAAUGUAGGUUUACGUGUAGACUAGAGAUGUAAUACGGUCUUUUUAAAGUUGUAGAGAUGUUGCAAUAACUAUAUAAACACGUUUUCCCUCAGUACUGUUUUUACAAACACACACACACGCACGCGCGCGUUUCUUCCAUCAGUUGUUGAUGGCAUCAGAAUAACCUGACACAUCAGAUCUGUAAAAACAGGAAUUUCUGUUAUGAUAUUUAAAUGUGUUUUUAACUGCUAAGACCAUUA